AUGAAUUCACUAUUCAAUUCUGCUCUCAAGCAGUCAUCAUCUAUCCGCCGAGAUCUAGAUACCUUCUCACAGUCACCUGCCACCUCUUCGCCUGCGUUACAAGGUCAGCUCGCUGCAUCCUUGGCAUCACUAUCACGCACAGUCGACGAUUACUCCGCUCUAUCUAAGAAAGAAUUGAUUGUCGACAAACAACAAAAGGCCUUCGACCGAAUCAAGAACUUCCGCAGCGAGCUUGCAGACUACCGCACACAAUUCGACCGACUCCGCAAAGAACGGGAAGACGCACAAUCGGUGACCAACCGUAACGAGCUCCUCGGCCGGCGCCCACACCACGCCGCAACCCCCGAGAACCCCUAUGCACAGUCCUCCCUCCCCCAAACCUCAGCCUUCGCACCGACAUCCUCAGGGUUGAGCUUCGGCGCCGGCCCCUCAGACUAUAACCGCGAAAACCAUGCUCUGCGCGAGCAAUCCUUCUUCUCAAACACAAACACUCAACUAGAUGACUUCCUGGAUCGGGGUCGGGCCGUGCUAGCCGACCUCGGAGAGCAGCGCGAGAUCCUCAAAGGCACGCAGCGACGACUCUACAGCGUUGCGAAUACGCUCGGUGUGAGCGGAGACACGAUCCGGAUGGUGGAGCGGCGCGCGCGGCAGGAUAAGUGGAUUUUCUGGGGUGGUGUCAUAAUAUUCUUCCUGUUCUGCUGGGCUGUACUGCACUUUUUGCGGUAG